GCAUUUUUGUGCGCUCGUGCAGCACGUAGCAAACCAGGUCACUAAUUUUUUCUUUUUGUUUGCUAAACGCUUGCAUUAGACUACAUUAUUGUACAUGUUUGCAGAUUUUGGAGGUUUUGUCGUCGUUGCAGAGAGCUUGAGGGGGCAGGGAAGAAAAGCGAGGAGGGUUUUUUUUGUUUUUAAAUCGAGCACUUCUUGGUGAAGAGCGCCAUGGCGACUCAAGUGGAUGCGUGGUCCACCGCGCCACGAGCCGACGGAGUGGUUUCUUUUGAGGACAACAAGGUGGAAGUGAGCUCUCCCUACAGUGACGAUGAAGAGCUAAUUGACGCUGAGGUCAACGGCAAUUGGACACCCCAGGAAAAGGCGCUCCACGAGGCCCGCCUCAAAGCCAAGGCCAAGCGUCGCCUGCGCAGGUCCUCGUCCCGCAACUCCGCAAGCGAGUCUGUCUCUGAGUCAGGAGAGGUGGCAGGAGGUGACCCGCAUGGUGUGAAGGGGAAAGUCCACAACAAUGACCGCAAGUCCAGGACAGGCAAAGGCAGAGGUCUGCCAAAGAAGGGUGGGGCCGGUGGUAAAGGAGUUUGGGGCGCUGCAGGGAUGGUUUAUGAAGUUGAAGAACCAGAUGUUCGGGAUCCCAACUACGAUGAAUCUGCUCAGGGUGACACCGUUUAUGAAACUGUUGUACCCGAGGUAGAAGAGAAGGAAUUGGAAAAGAUGGUCAACCCAAUUGUACAGGAGUACUUCGAACACGGAGACACAAAAGAGGUUGAGAUGCUGCUGAAGGAGCUCAACCUGGGCCAACACAAGUACGAGGUCACCUCUUUGGCUGUGUCCCUGUCGCUCGAAGGCAAAGCCAGUCACAGAGAGCUGACCUCCCGCCUGCUGUCGGAUCUGUUGGGCAAGUUGCUGUCGCAGGGAGACAUGGCCCACGCUUUUGACAAGAUGCUCAAUGAGCUGCCAGACCUCAUACUGGACACACCAGAGGCACCUCAGAUGUUGGGCCAGUUCAUAGCCAGAGCUAUAGCAGACCACGUCCUGCCCAUGGAUUUUCUGGAUUAUCAUAAAGGCAAAGUGGACUGUGACCAUGCCAGAGUGGCUUUGGACCGUGCUGCAGUGCUUCUGACCAUGAAGAGGGAGAUGGUCCGUCUGGACAACGUGUGGGGCGUCGGAGGAGGUCUGAGACCCGUUAAACAUCUCAUCAAAGAGAUGAACCUUCUCCUCAAAGAGUAUCUGAUAUCAGGAGACAUUGCUGAGGCAGAGCACUGUCUGCGGGACCUGGAGGUCCCUCAUUUCCACCACGAGCUGGUCUAUGAGGCUGUGGUGAUGGUGCUGGAGUCAAAAGGAGAAACUGCCAGUCAUAUGAUGAUGAAACUUCUGCAGUCCCUCUGGAAAACGGGCCUCAUCACUGUGGAUCAGAUGAACAGGGGCUUCCAGCGCGUCUACGAUGAGCUUCCUGAAAUCAGCCUGGAUGUGCCACAUGCUCAUUCCAUCAUGGAGACCUUUGUGGAGCUWUGCUACAAGGAGUCAGUCAUCACCAAACAGCUGAGGGAUGCUUGUCCCUCCAGAGGGCGGAAGCGGUUUGUAAGUGAAGGAGACGGUGGGCUGAUCAAGAACUAAUCCACCUGAUGAGAAGCUGAAAAAGGAGGAAGAGGAGGAAGAGGAGGGGUGUCUACUUGUUCAUACACCCUGUUUUCUACCUCCACAUGUUUCCCCGAAGCCGGGCACGUUCCUCUCCUGAUAGUCAUUACACAAACCAGCAUUUAGGGUCAGUUAAACUGAAGAGUGACUUGGGCAUUCAGUUCCCUUCCAUCUUGUUGUUCACUGUUUUUGGCGAUUGUUUUGAAGGAUGCUCUGUAUCUCUGGGGUUGAUGUGACCCUCUUUGCCUCGGUCUUUCUACCUGUUAAGAAUAAUUCAAGUUGCAAGGAUUCAGGUGUGCACRUUGGGGUGUUGGAGAAUUUUUACUUUUGGAAGGGGAUGGGUUGAAAUGGUCUUUUUUUUUUCUGUUCUACGUUUUGCCACAUCUUUCCUGCAGGCUCUACGAAGGAGGAGAAAAACACUUAAUGGGCGGAGGAGACUGGACAGUCAGCAACAAGAAUCCAAACUUUUCCACUGCCACGAAUUAUCUGAAAUAAUUUCAAGGAAAUUGUUCUUUGUAGAUUUGUUCAUGUCAGUACUUUAUAAACAGCGCCUUUGUUUUUUCUCUGUCUUGGUCACUGGGGCCAGGCGUUUCUGUAAAGUAACACGCGGGAGGCGUUUGGUCACAGUUUGAGACUUGCAUUAAAGUWAAUAAACUUCGGACAGCAUUUCUGAAAAUAAGAAUGGGGUUAUUUGUAAAAUGAUGGUUAUGUAAUAAACACAAAAGUAUUUAAAAAGAAUAUGAUUUUUGCUUGAAAAUGACUAAUGUAUGUCUAGCCACUUGGUCAACGCAUGAUGUCAAACUUCAAAAACAAACAUGACCUGUAAAAUGAUCUGAAUAAUCCAACUCGGCUACAAUUGGUUUGUUGUCAGAUCAAACUUCUGGCUGUUCAGUACCUUAGGACASAGUUUGUCAGUGACAUUUUUCUACCUGUUAAGACAGUUUUACACGUUGACCAAAGUUAUGCUUCAGUUAAAUCUUGCAUUCAAUAAAAAGGCAACAAAGCAGAA